UAUAACUGGUUAUAAAAAUGUAAGUUGUAAGCCCUGAUUAUAUAUAUACAGAAGCAUCGCAGUUAGUGUAUCAGUCCCAAGAACUAGGCUGACGAGUCGUACUCAAACUCUGAGAGCCAUGAUUAUACGAGGUGUGUUAGUAUUGUGUUGUGUGGUGGCAAGCCUGGCAGAUACUCCUGCCAACUGCCUCUUCGAAGACAUUCGUGGUUCGUGGACCUUCAGUGAGACGGAACGAAAUGGCGACCACACCAUCAACUGUGACACACUGGGUUCCAUCGUGUACACCAAGACCUUCACCCUCAACUUCCCCAACACUGUUACUGAUGAGCUGGGUAACCAGGGAACCUGGAACAUAAUCUACAAUCAAGGCUUCGAGGUGAGUACUGCAAAAGUGAGUUCGAAAACUAGACUCUCGAGUCCCACGGGUCCCCAAACUCUUCAUCUCACUGACCCCCAAACAUUUAUUAUAUGUAAAUAAUUUAACAAAUAGUGC